UAGGCGUACCCCUUGUAUUCUAUUGGAUUAUGUAGUGUGUAAUUUAUUUUUUGAUUGGCUGAGCUUUUGUAAAGUGAAAGAUGGCUGCUUCCACAAACUUUUCUUCUUCCCCGUCUACAAUUUGGUCAAAGUUUCAACUAGCAUAUGGGAGGCCACUUAAUCAGAGAUGUCCAGAAUUGGAACAACUGAUCAACAAUUCAAGCAAUAAGGAUUUGAGCAGUAUAUUACCGGGACUGUUGGAGAACAUAUUUGGAUCCAGUGCUGAGCCGGGAUGGGGACUGGAUACGAUAACAAAAUCCCAGCCACACAGUGACUAUGAUACUGUCAUGAGGUUUCUGGGGCCAGAAGGGCCACUGCUGAAACUUGUGUGCCAUCUUCAGACAGACGUUUACCUCAUGUACGAGUUCCCAUUUGCAAACCUUCCUAGCCCGACAAGACAUAUGAUAGAGGAAGGAAGCUUGCCAAUGUUUUAUGUGAACAAACUACAGUUUCAGAGCUACACUAAACCAGUUCUCAGGCUUGGGGCAUUUGAGCUGUACUUGUUUUACUUUUCUGUGGCUCUUGUCUCGCAUCAGUGGCAGAUGAAAUCGCUGAACUGGAACAAUAUGACAGAAGUUGUCUACCCUUGUCUCCUUGACAAAUACCUGGACUACUUCUUACCUCUAAAUAAGAAGAGUCUUCCAAAGUUCCCACAAUCCAUUAGUACUGCGGUUAGAAGUCCCAUGAUGCAGCAGACACCAACAAGUCAGAAGCACUCACCUGGAAGCGGGGCACACACUAGGUCAAGGUCACGACUAGGUCUUCUUAAGGCAAAUCUACUUACCACACAGAAACCACAUGGUCAAAGUUCACCUGUAACUGAAAAAGUAGAGGGAGACAUUUGGUGGUCUGAAACCUUUGUGCAGAUCUUAGCAGAAUUUUGGUUGAACCAGAAUGCUCUGGACAUUGAGAGGGGCAUAUCACCACAAAACCUGAGUAGAUCAUGGUCUAGUUACCAUCUGUCUGAAUCCUUUAUGCCAUUCUAUCAUGCUGGAACGGGACUGGAAAGUUACAUGCCCAGCAACAACCAUGUCAGACUUGUACGCUUGUUUCUGAAGCACAUUCAUUACUUUGUCAACAGUGCAGAACCAGAGCCAGUUAGCUCCCCUUACCAAACUGCUGAGUCAUCUCCCUUAGAUGAAUUUAAAAGAUCACUGCUGCCAACAGUGUUACAGAAGAAGGUGUAUGGAUUUCUGAAACAUGGGUUUGAAAGAUGGCCACUUGACUCGUCCUUUAGACUGAUGCUAGAAACAUGGUUAACUUACAUCCAACCAUGGCGCUACAUAGAACCAGGGCCUGUUCAUCAAACCAAAGACUCAGACAAAGUGAAUGAUUUGUGGUUUCCGUUUAUACGAGACAAUUUCCUGUUUUAUACAGCAUUGUUCCAGGAGUUUCUACAGAGAGCAAAGAGAAUGCAUCUAACAUCUAUAACAAAUGCUUAUAUUGUCUUCAGAGUAGCCAAGGUUCUGAAUUUAACCAAUCUGCCACAGUUGUUACGUGAAGCGGAGAAGAUGAUGUAUCCCUUGGCAUACAAGCAGCUGCAGGACCUAGGCGGGAGUUAUAUAGCUCCGGAACUGAGCACUCUGUUACGCUUCCAGAUUUCUGAACUUGAGAGACCAGAAUUUCACUAUAUUAACAUGUUUGGCAGAGAAACUGAGACAGAGGUUCAACAGUUAUUACAACAAAUACACACAGCAAAGACCGUUUUAAGUGCCCAGCAACCGGAGAAGAAGGCGGAGAAGUCUGGUCUUGCGUCCUGGUUGGAUUUCUCCUCGCUUUUUGAGGACACGACAAAAGCCUAUGGUGAUAUGAGCAUUACAGAGGUGAAGAAGUUGGUGUUACACCUUGACCAGGCAGCUAGCAAUUUAUACCAUCUAUUCUCAUUGAAACCUACUGAUAUGACAAUGCCACAUUCUCCCGGCAUGGGUCAUGGUCAUACUCUACAUGCUGGGGACCAGUCGUCAUUUCUUAACACAACACUAUCGACUUCAGUGCCUAGAACCCCGGAUUGUGAAUUUACUAGAAAUGGACCACAACUGACACCAAUGGGCAGAUUUCAGCUAAUGAAUGGUUUGCGGAAGUUUGAAAUAGGCUAUAACGGAGAUCCAGAUCUUCAGCCAAUCAGAAGCUUUGAAAAUAGUACACUGGUUAGAGUAUUGUACCGUCUGUCAGCCUGCAUUAACAAAAUGUUUCAGAAUGAAAUUCUGAAUCUAUACCAGAGAGAUGACAUUAUUGGCAAAAUGUCACAAGUGUAUUUUGCUGCUCCACUGUCUCCGUCAAAGAUUCCCAGUUCUCCAAUGAGCCGAGAAACAAUUCAGACACUUCGUACACCAAGAUUAAGCCUACGAUAUCUUGCCAGUUAUCAAACAUUGCUAUAUCUAGGUUUAAUGUAUGCUUUCUUGAGAUUCAGUUUUGGAUUUGGACCAGUAGGUUAUAUGAUCGUGUUGUUACUUUGUGUUCUUGUGUACGGAUUAUUCAGAGCUUUGACAAUACCAGAGGAGAGGAUAGAAAACUGAAGGAAUGGAAAAAAUUCCUAUGGAAAAGCAGUCUUCAUUAUUGAAAACAGUGAAUCAAACAAGAGUUUUAAAUCAAAUAAAACAGUUUUGAAUCUAACAGAGGAGUUUUGAAUACCAAUAAGUGACGCAGAUAGCUUUUGAUGCCUCCCAAAAACUUUUAUAUCUGCUUUUUAGACCAUGUACAGUUACGACAUUGCAGCAUAUAAUAAUUUAUUAAAAAAAGGAUCUUUUUUUUAAAUCUUUUUAAUACCUGUGGUGGUGAUGUGUACAAAAGCCAAGUAUGUGUUCAAGAACUAUCGAGUUUGUUGGGGGAGACCCACUAUGUCAUGUAUCAUCUUUGUUAUAAAUAUUUUGAAGCUUUAAAGCUUAGUAGUCACUUUCUAUCAUGUUUGUCUUAUGUAAUAGCACCAUAUGCUUCUUUUCUCGGUUUUCAUCUUAUUGAAUUCAGUACAUAUCGUUCUGUCCUUAAAGUGACACACAGGUGAUGUAACAUUGUGGAUGAAAAUCACUUAACCUUUAGCCUGCUGAAGGCAAGUGCUUCUGCCUUUGCAACCAGUGCAGACCAAGAUCAGCCUACACAUCCAUGCAGUCUGAUCAUGGUCUGCACUGUUCGCCAUUCAGUCAGUUUCUUUUUAGUAAGCACCUCAUUUAACAGUUAAUGGCACUGUCCAAACUGAAAGAUGGACGAGUUCAUUAUAGAAAUUUUGCAGGGUAAGGGUUAAAGAAACAACAUUUCUCACAUUUUACUGACAUGCAAAGUUUAAAUAGAUAACACGAUUUCUUACUUUGACAAUGUGGGUGCGCAAUUUUCAUGCUUUUGCUAAACUGACCCACAUUGUGCCAGGUUAGGAUAACACUCAGAAUUUGCUAUAAAAUAUCAUAUUGCGCUGUUUAUUUUUGAUAUAACAUGUAACAAGAUAAGAUAAUACCCGCCUGUUACAUAACUGAAAUACUGUUGAAAAACGGUGUUAAAUCCAAAAACAAAAAGAUAAGAUAAUUAGAGAUUGAUGGUUAGAUUUUUUACUGGAUAAUUUGUCAUAUGUUUUCGCGACUUAACAUUUUGUCAAACAGUGAUAAUGGAAGGAAGAUUUAAUUUGACAAUACAACCUCUUUCUGAUUCCUUUAAUUAAUUUAAUAAAAUAAAAUAAGUUAAUCAUGAAUCUGUUUCUUGAAUAUAUACUUUUAAAUACGUUUAAAUAUAAGAUUACUAAAAUAUUUACAACCUUAGCAAUAAGUAUAAUUAAAAGAAGCAUGGAUUUUAGUGCUGGCAUAAGUAAGAUUUUUUUUAUGGAAAUUUCUAGACUAAACAUAUAAUCCCUCUUAUCAAAAUUGAUAUAAAGUACCCUCUCUGUAUAUGCUUAAUCAGUCUAAUGGUAUGUGAAGUAAAUAAAAGAUUGUGAAGAUAA